AGUAAUUCUGUUCAGUACGCAUACGGUAUGUAGCCAUGGCUGACGUUGCUUUGGCAUUGUAAUGUUUACAGAAUAAAAACUUGUGAAAAUUUAUUUUUUACAAAUGCAUUGAAAGCCAUCACUUACCCUAGUUUAAGAUUGUUCAGGAAAGACAGUGCAAGAUCAGUGACUGAAUUUUCACUCGUAAGCCACCAGCACUAUGGGCCAAACUUUGGCACGGGCCGCCCAGUGGACUUCCGUCAGCGAAGGGGGAGAGGGCAAGUUGGAAUUCAACCGGGCCAAUGAGAUCCUGCUGAACAGCUUCAUCCGCUUUGUGGAGGCCUUCCCUUCCAAGCACCCUCAAGAGGCUGCCCUUGUGUUCAAGACGCCACUGGUGUGGAAGACAGUGCUGGAUACUUCUGAAUUUAGUGGGGACUACGAGCGAAGCAAUGAUGGAUUGUGUUCCAAAGUCAAAGACAAGAAUGACCAGCCCUUGUUGCUUGUUGAGAAGCUGGGUGAGCUGAACCACAAAGUCCAUGUGUCUACGCUAGGAGAACUGAGCAAUCUGCUGAAGGCCAUAGGCAACAAGAAGAUGGCAGAGGCUAGGGCCAUCUUGGAAGCUAACAGAGACCCCGUGGCCAAGAUCCUCGGGGACGGCUUUGCCACAGUAGAAGGGGAGGAUAACUCCACCCUGCGCUUACUGGAGCAGACCAGCAAGGAGGCGGGGGACACUACCGCCGAGGAGAACCAGACUAAACUCCGCCUGCUGCUCCUGGCCCAGCAGUUUGACAUGGAGCUGAUGAGGAACAGCAUCAAGGAGCUGUCGCAAGAAAUCCGUCUGACACCUCAGCUGGUCAACAGUGAGAUCCGCCUGCUGCAAUCCUUCGCUGGCACAGACAGCAGCUGUGCCCUGGAGAGAAUCCAGCACAUCCUGGAGUAUGAGUUUGACAAUGGCUGCCAUGCCCCUCCCUGGAGGCAGGUCAAUGGCGACAUCUGCUACCUGCUCAUCAAGCCCCUGGACGGGGACGAGGUGUCGGUCACAGCCAACACUAGUGGCUGCUAUGUCAACAAGGGAGUUACCAGCAAUCUGGAUGAGUCCAACUUUGAUCGUGAGGGUGAGACAUUCAAGGAUCUGGUCAGCCUCCUAUCGGCCCAGAGCAGAAAAUUCCGGGACAUCAUCAGCAGCAAAGAGUUUGCUCUACAUGAAGAGAAGAAAACGGAACAGCUGAAUGCAUACGAGGAUGCCCAUGUGGACGACGAGCCUGACAAACCAAUGGAGAAGGAGAAAGCAAAGGAGGAGAAAGAAGAGAAGGUCAUCAAGGAAAAGACCAAAAAAACUAAGAAGAAAACCUCUCCCAGCAAGAAGAUGCAACCCACGCUGAAUUGGAAGAAUGAGGAGAACAAAGCCAAGCAAGAGAAAGUUGAUAAACCGGAGAAGAAAGUGUCUAGGCAAGCUAGUGACCGUAAGACCAAGACCCCAGCUCUGGAGGAGGAGUAUUCAGAGAGUUCCUCAGAGAGUGAAGAGGAAGAAGAAUCUACAGACCGACGCCAGGAGCAGAACUCAGAUCUACCCUCAGAGUACUGGCAGAUCCAGAAACUGGUCAAAUACCUCAAGGGAGGUAACCAGACAGCCACCGUGAUUGCAUUGUGUGCCAUGAGAGACUUCAAUCUGUCUCAAGAGACUUGUCAAUUAGCUAUCCGAGAUGUCGGUGGACUGGAUGUUCUUAUCAACUUGCUAGAGACCAACGCCAUCAAGUGCAAGAUUGGCUCGCUGAAGAUCCUAAAGGAGAUAUCCCGCAAUACCCAGAUCCGCAAGGCCAUUGCAGACCUGGGUGGCCUACAGACCAUGGUGGACAUCCUGGAGGCCUCCGACAAGGAUCUUAAGUGUCUGUCGGCAGAGACCAUUGCCAAUGUGGCCAAGUUCAGAAGGGCUCGCCGCACGGUCAGGCAGCAUGGAGGCAUCCGUAAACUUGUGGCCUUGUUGGACUGCGCCCCCAUCGGCUCCGUCCCCGUCACCCCAGAGUCUGAGAAGGAUGUGGAGGUAGCCAAGUGUGGUGCCCUGGCACUGUGGAGUUGCAGCAAGAGCACCAAGAAUAAACAGGCCAUCCGCAAGGCCGGAGGCAUCCCGCUGCUGGCCCGCCUCCUCAAGUCACGCCACGAGGACAUGCUCAUCCCGGUCGUCGGCACACUGCAGGAGUGCUCCUCAGAGCAUAGCUACCGUUUGGCCAUUCGCACCGAGGGCAUGAUAGAGGACCUGGUGAAGAACCUACACAGCGAGAACCAGGAGCUGCAGAUGCACUGCGCCAGCGCCAUCUUCAAGUGCGCCGAGGAGAAGGAGACCCGGGACCUGGUUCGACUGUACGGAGGCCUGGACCCGCUGGUGACCCUGCUCAACAACUCGGACAACAAGGAGCUGCUGGCCGCCGCCACGGGGGCCAUCUGGAAGUGUGCUAUGAGCCCCGAGAAUGUAUCACGCUUCCAGGAACUCAAGGCCAUUGAGCUGCUGGUGGGCUUACUCAAUGAACAGCCUGAGGAGGUCUUGGUCAAUGUGGUUGGAGCAUUGGGAGAGUGUGCAGCGCAGGAACCCUCCAAUCGCAUGUCCAUCCGUAAAGCAGGCGGUAUCCCUCCACUGGUCAACCUACUGACGGGUACCAACCAGGCCCUCCUGGUCAAUGUCACCAAGGCAGUCGGUGCCUGCGCUACGGAAGCUGACAACAUGGGCAUCAUUGACAGACUGGACGGUGUGCGUCUUCUCUGGUCAUUGCUCAAGAACCAGAACCAGCAAGUUCAGGCCAGUGCAGCCUGGGCUAUCUGCCCAUGCAUUGAGAACGCAAAGGAUGCUGGUGAGAUGGUGAGAUCCUUUGUGGGUGGUCUAGAGCUCAUUGUCAGCCUUCUCAAGUCGGAUGACAGGGAGGUGUUGGCCAGCGUGUGUGCGGCUAUCGCUAACAUUGCAAAGGAUGAGGAAAACCUAGCUGUCAUCACUGAUCACGGUGUGGUGCCCAUGUUGGCCAAGCUAGCCACCACUACCGACGACAAGCUGAGAAGGCACCUGGCUGAUGCCAUCGCACGCUGCUGCAUGUGGGGCAACAACCGCGUGGCGUUUGGUCAGAACAGCGCUGUGGCACCGCUGGUGCGCUACCUGAAGUCGCCCGACAUCAAUGUGCACCGAGCCACAGCCACAGCCUUGUUCCAGCUCUCUAGGGAUCCUAAUAACUGCAUCACCAUGCACGAGAGUGACGUGGUCAAGCUGUUGAUCGACAUGGUUGGCUCGGAUGACUUUGCCCUACAAGAAGCGGCAGCUGGCUGUAUCGGCAAUAUCAGACUACUAGCAUUGGCCAAUGAAAAGGCUAAAUAUAAAUAGACCUCGCAAGAAAGAUAUCUUCAGUGUACAUCUUUCCAUCAAGUGGAGACGGUUCUGAGACAGGUAACUGGUAUCUCUGUCACUUUGCAUUUUCACUUCUGCUUGAGUUUACAAUAGACUUCUGAAAAAACUGUGUUCAGAAGAAAAAUUCAAAUUCAUGGCUGAGCAUGUAACAUAAGCAUGUAACAGUAGCGAUGUUAGGCUAUUUAUAUCUGUUUGCAUAUCAUAGAGUUUGGAAUCAACAAAUACAAUUUUGUCAGUAUCAGAUCAUCAUGCAAUGUUUAGCAGAGCCAUGAACUUGAUUCAAACAAGUGUGCUUGCUUAAAAUAAGUCUAAGUGUUACAGCUUAGAAUUGUUCAAAUGAGAACAGGCAAGUGGCUCAGAGACACUGGUUUCACAGCAUCAUCAGCAGGAUGAACUGGGGCAGAGAAACUGGUUUUUGAAAACAGUCAGUGUAUAUAAGUAUGUACAAAAUAUGCAAAAACUACUUCAGGGCAACAGAAGUUACAACCAAAAUGCUAAUGUCUUCACUGUAAAUUGGAGUAUAUUUGUCAAACUUUGGAACCAGCGUGAAGUAUUGUGGGAAAGAUUACCUGGAAAUGCACAGCAUUGUAAGUAGUGGAUUUGGAGCUCUUGUGAAAGUUUGUUUAGGUCUAUAGACUUGGAUGUAGAGGAACCUUUCAUUCCUCCAACUGUAAAUACUUUCUGACAAGAAGCCGUUUUGUUUACAAGUACAUAAAAUACAAAUUUUUACACUGGGUCAUAUGGAGUCAUUCUUGAACUUGUACAUACAUGAAUGAGGGUGUUAAAUGAAUGCAGUGUUACUUCUUUUAUCACUUUGAAAUUAUUGGCUUUCCACCAGUUAUUUGAAAUUUGUAAUAAUUCCUUAAUUUGCCGUAGAGAUUUUCUUGUAUUCCGUCCAUGGAGAGGUAUAAUAUAUAUAGCGGUUUUAAUCACCUAGUGCCUUGUAACAAUUUUGGCAUCAGUUCUGUCUUUCCAAUAAAGAAUUCAAUGACAUGUGUAAGGACAGUA